UUAGUUUAAGAGCCAAAACUAACAAUUUUGCCCACAAUUUUCAAUAUGUUCUUCAACUCUAUCCCGCGCCACCUCCUCCAUUUCUCUUCACUCUCUUCUCUUGCUCCUGUGUAUUCGUGUUGUUGAUUUGAGAUUUCUCCUCCGAGGUUUUCCAGUUUGCGAUUUUGGAGUUCAGCAUGCAUCUUGAAAUCAUCUUUUCUCGUUUAAAAUGCUUAGAAGAAAAAAUUUGGUUCCAAUCUGCAAAUGCUUCUCUUGGAGUUCCGAAUUUGAAUGCAACUUGUUUCCAAAAAUCUUGAGAAGAAUAUCAAAUCUAACAUUGAGCUCUGCUCAAUUUAAUGGCGUUUCUCGCAAUCAUGAUGAUGAUGAUUUGGUGUCUCGGAUUUCUUCAAUGCUGAGGGAUGUCCAUGACCCUUUGGAUCUUCAAAAGGGCAGACAAAUUCAUGCGCAACUAGUCGUCAAUGGGCUUGAAGAUCACCGUGUCUCCCGCAAUGGUGUUCUGGGGAUGUAUGUUCUUUGUGGAAGCGUUUGUGAUGCCAAAGAUGUCUUUUUUCGGCUUGAAAAGAAGGCUUCUUUGCAUUGGAAUUGGAUGAUCAGAGGGUUCAACAUGAUGGGGCUGUUUGAUUUUGCUCUUUUGUUCUAUUUCAAGAUGUUUUUUUAUGGUGUUUUGCCGGAUCAGCACACAUAUUCUUGUGUCUUGAAGUCUUGUUGUGGUUUAUCUACUGUUGGGUUAGGUAGAUUGAUCCAUGGAAUGAUUUCUUCUGUGGGAUUGGAAGAGGAUAUGUAUGUGGGAAGCUCAUUGAUUAAGCUUUAUGCGGAGAAUGGUUGCAUUGUUGAGGCAAGGGAAGUGUUUGAUAAAAUGCCUGAAAGAGAUUGUGUUUUGUGGAAUGUGAUGAUUGAUGGGUAUGUGAGGAAUGGAGAUGCUGAAAAGGCCGUUCAGAUGUUUAAUAGAAUGAGAAUAUCUGGAAUCAAUCCGAAUUAUGUCUCGUUUAUUUGUGUUCUGUCAGUCUGUGCUUUAGAGGGAAUGUUGGAAUGUGGAAAUCAGCUGCAUGCGCUUGCUGUUAAGCUUGGGUUGGAGUUGGAGGCCUCGGUGGCUAACACACUUGUUUCUUUGUACUCAAGAUGUCAGUGCUUGUCUGAUGUGCAAAUCUUGUUUGGUUUGAUGCCACAACCUGAUUUGGUUACUUGGAAUGGAAUGAUAUCAGGGUAUGUUCAGAGUGGGCUCAAAGAUGAGGCGUUCAUAUUGUUCUACCAGAUGCAACGGGCUGGUGUUAAACCAAAUUCCAUAACCCUCUCUAGUUUUCUACCAUCAUUGUCUGGCAUUGCUUGUUUGAAACAAGUUAAAGAAGUCCAUUCUUAUAUUAUUAGGAACCAAAUAGACAUGGAUGCAUUUUUGAAAAGCGCACUCAUUGAUCUGUAUUUUAAAUGUAAGGAUGUGGUAUCAGCAAUGAGAAUUUUUCACGCAAGUAAAACAAUGGACAUUGUCAUUUGCAGUGCGAUGAUAUCUGGUUAUGUGCUGAAUGGCCUGAGUCGUGAUGCUUUGGAGAUGUUCCGCAUGUUGCUGGGUGCUCAGCUGAAGCCUAAUGCGAUUACACUGGCUAGUGUUCUACCAGCAUGUUCAUGUUUGAAUGCUUUAAGGCUGGGAAAGGAACUGCAUGGCUAUGUUAUUAGAAAUGCAUGUGAGGGAAGAUGCUAUGUUUCAAGUGCACUGCUGGACAUGUAUGCAAAAUGUGGCAGAGUAGAUCUUUCUUAUCUUGUAUUUAGAAAUAUUUCUAUUAAGGAUUCUGUAGCAUGGAACUCAAUGAUCUCAAGUUUUACGCAGAAUGGACAACCAGAAGAUGCUAUCAGCCAUUUCCGUCAAAUGGGAGAUGAAGGAAUCAGAUACGACUGUGUCACCGUCUCUUCUGCACUGUCAGCAUGUGCAUCUUUGCCAGCAUUGCACUGUGGGAAAGAGAUUCAUGGAUUCAUGAUGAGAAGUUAUUUGAGGUCGGACUUAUUUGCUGAGAGCGCCUUGAUAGACAUGUAUUCCAAAUGUGGAAAUCUGCUUUGGGCUCGUCGUGUUUUUGAUUCAAUGAGUAUUAAAAAUGAGGUCUCCUGGAAUAGUAUUAUUGCUUCUUAUGGGACUCAUGGUCUUCUUACAGAUGCACUCAGUUUAUUUCAGCAAAUGCAGGAAGCAGGAUUUCGACCUGAUCAUGUAACCUUUCUCACCAUAAUAUCUGCUUGUGGUCACGCAGGACAUGUUGAAGAAGGGUUUAGAUAUUACCGAUGCAUGAGUGAGCAGUAUGGCAUCACAGCUCGAAUGGAACACUAUGCUGCUGUUGUUGAUUUAUUUGGUCGUGCUGGGCUACUGAAUGAGGCAUUUAGCUUCAUUAAAAGCAUGCCACUCAAACCAGAUGCCGGAAUAUGGGGUGCAUUGCUUGGAGCAUGCCGGGUUUAUCGGAAUGUUGAGCUUGCUGAACUUGCUUCUCAACAGCUCUUUGAGUUGGAUCCACAAAAUUCCGGUUACUAUGUGUUGAUGUCAAACAUUAAUGCUGUAACUGGUCGAUGGGAUGGAGUUUCAAAAGUGCGAAACUUGAUGAGGGAAAGAAAGGUACAGAAAGCACCAGGAUGCAGUUGGAUUGAAAUCAAUAAUUCAAGCCAUAUGUUUAUUGCAGCAGAUGAAAGUCACCCAGAUUCUUUUCAGAUAUACUUUUUGCUGAAGCUUCUUCUUAUGGAACUUAGAUUAGCUGGCUAUGUUCCCCAGCCUGAUCUUAUUUACCCACAGCAAGAAUGUACUGCUAGAGUUAAAAAUAAAAUACAUUCUCCAAGCUAAUGUUGUUCACACAAAAGAGUGUACUGCUGAAGAUCAUGUUCUCAGUUCUCCUAACAAAUGCUGUUUAACCAUUGCAACACAAUCAGUUGAAAGAGAAGUCUUUGGCCUCUGCUGCUGUAUGAAGUUUUCUUAAAUGCAGUGGAGUUUCACAUUGCAAGAAGUAUGACCUUCAUUUUUUUGGUGUGGACCAAAAAUUCUCUCCAUACGCAAGCAAAUGAGGGAUACCCCAAUGAAGUCUGGUUUUCAAAGUUCUCAACUAAUGAGAAAUAUUUUGCAUCAGCCUCAAAUGAUAAAUUCAUGAUUAUUUGAUCUCAACUUGAUGCCGUAACUUGAUAUCACACCAAUACAAGAAGAUACAAUCAAUCAGCACAAUGACUUGGCUGCGUCUGUCUCUGUUUGACAUCACUCAAAUUUGGUCUUGGACCUUUUCAUGCUUCUGUGCACAACAGGCUAUGUCAUAUCAUCUCCUUUUUUUUAUUUUUUGUUAAGAACAUGUAAAUUUAAUUCAUUUUUGAUGUCUCAAACUAUUAACAUUGUUGUGCAAUGAUUAGGUUUCUACAUUUGGAGAAGUUACGAAGAAACAUCAACUAUACGGUCAAGGAACACCUAUCUCCAUGGUUGCCUGGAGCCCAGACGACAGCCUUCUCCUCUCUCCUUUUUAAUGGAAGAAGCUAUCCGAUGUUAGGAUGUUGCAUGUAGACAGUGCAUUUGUGUUUAUGAUGAUAAGAAAUGCAGAUCUAUCGUCUUACCAAGGCAAGUGAUCUCUUUAUUUAUCUAAGCAGUACUAACAUCACUAAAUAAAACAACUUUGAAUUUCGAGUAAAUGUGGCCAAGCCGCUAAAGUUGUUAAGUAGUGAUAAAUCAUAUAAGUAAAAUUGUGGCAUAAGUUCAUGAAUUAAUAGUUCUCGCAUUUGGAUUUUGAGCUUGUUAUUUGAUUCAUUUCAAAUAAGUUGUAUCUUGUUCAAACUAACUAAUAGAGCUGGGUCAAAAAACCAAAAUUAGUUAUAGUAAGAUGAAAACCACAUUUGUGCUUGUGCAAUGAGGCCAUUGAGUAAUAGUGAUGUUCAUGUGGGACUUAGAAGGGAAAUGAAAAAGUAAUGGAUGUACACCAGUUUUUGUGAUAUGUGUGUAGUGAGGAAUGGUGAGUGGAUUAUGAGAACAAAUUUGCAGUCUGAAAUUUUGCAAUUUGAAAUUAGAUCAAGAAGGAGCUUCAUAGCUUUGCUAUUGAAGCACUGCACUAGCAUAAAAUUUAGUUUGUUCUCCAUUGCUAAAGAUUAAAAAGUUUUCGGCUUGUGAAUUUUAUUGAGGGAGGGAUGAAUGUGGUGAAUAUAUAGUCUUAUCCACCAAGAGCAAAGUCAGUGUCCUUUAAUUUUUCCAGGCAUUGAUCUUUUAGUUGUGGUUUAAUGCUCAUCAUUUAUGUGUUUCAAAUGAAAGUUUUCGGUGAUUUAAUAUUGUCUUGCAUGAUAAAAUGAUUGUUCCCUGUAAUUUGACGAAGUAGUUUCUCUUGUUAGUUUUGCAUCACUAGUGAGCCACUUUUAGUGAUUUAAUACUCUCUUGCAUGAUAAAAAUGAUUGUUCACUGUAAUUUGACAAAAUUGUUUCUCUUGUUAGUUUUGGAGUUACUAGUGAUGGCUCAAAAGUAUUCACUACUGUAAAAGAUGAAUAACUUGAGGUGAUACGUGUGCAUUCUUUUUGACCUUUUUAUUGUAUGAAGGGUUUUUUAGUUGUCAAAUUGAUAUAAAAAUUGAUAGGAAACAAGUAAUUAAAUUACUUAUAUAUAUAUAUUUUUAAAUAUAGUAAUUUAUAUGAGAAAA